UGUGGAGCAUGGAGUUUCUGGAACUUGUGAGUCUCUGGCCGAUGGUUAAUCCCAGAUGCUGGAUGACAGCUGCAUCCUGCCGCUGCGCUGCCUGCUGCUCAAGAGACAGUUUUUUUUUUUCCUGCCUUUUCCUGUCUCAGGAGCAGGCACUGGCAGGCCGGCUGUGGGUGAUGUGGGGAAGAGAAGAUCCAAAGAUGAUACUUGGAAAGCAGACGACCUCAGAAAACACCUUUGGGCUGCACAAUCAGCUAGUCCCAAGGAAGAUAAGAAACACAGCGAGAAGCUGCCACCUAGGGAGUCAGAAAUGGACGUCCUGGAAUACAAGGAGCACAAACACAGGGAGCCCGACGGAGACACCAGACGCAGAGAGAGGAUGGCCGAGAGAGAUGGCCACGCCUCCAGGGAGAAGGCUCCAGGGGAGAGAGACAGAGAAAAGCCCCGGGAAAGGAAAAAGGACGCCAAAGACCGGGACAGAGGAAAGCUUAAGGAGAAGUACCAAGAGCAGGAUGCAGAGAAGUCCCACAGGAGAGGAAAAGACAAAGAAAAGGACCAAGACCGCAGAGCCAGGAGGGAGGAGCUGACGCAGGCGGCUGCCUACCACAACCUGCUGGGCCGGGACAUGCAAGGCCGGCAGCCCCUGCAGAGAGCUGAGCACAAGAUGCCAGCAGUAAGUAAAGUAAGAAUUGAAGAAACGGAAAGGAGAGAUGAAGACUCUGAACGAGGAGACGAAGAGAGAGAAAGAAGAUACCGAGAAAGAAAGUUGCAGUAUGGUGACAGCAAAGACAAUCCUCUUAAGUACUGGCUUUAUAAAGAAGAAGGUGAAAGAAGACGCAGGAGGCAUAAAGAACCAGAUCGAGAAAAGAAACAUCAAGAAAAAAGCAGCACAAGGGAGAAAAAAGAGAAGUAUUCAAAAGAACCAAGGACUCCAUCCUCUGACAAGGAAGGAGAGGAGAGACAUAAGAAGAAACGACACAGUGAAGGCUUUUGUCUGGAUGAUGAGAGAUACUGGGGUGGCGUGGAUAAAAAAGAGAGGUCGUCGAAGGAAGAGCCUAAGAAAAGGGAAUGCAAGAAUGGUGAACACAGAAGUCGAGGUACAAGUUCAAAGAGAAAUGGGCCUAGCAGCCAGCAUGCAGAGAAUUUAGUAAGGAACAAUGGAAAAGAUAAAGGCUCAAGAAUGAAGCAUGGCCGCAAAGAGGGCUCUUCAGUGUGGACGCAGGCUCGAAGGCAAGAAAGUGAGGACACUGUGGAAAUCGAAAAGGAAGACAUUGAUUUAGGAAAUGCUGGAGCUGAUGAAUAUAUAGCGAGUUUUGAAGAUGAUUGUGAAGACUACGAAGAUGACUUUGAGGUUUGUGAUGGAGAUGAUGAUGAUAGCACUAAUGAGCCGGAAUCAAGAGAAAAAAUCGAAGAGCUUCCUCUAGCCAGAAAAAGGGAGAUACAAGAAAUUCAAAAGGCCAUCAAUGCAGAAAAUGAAAGGAUUGGCGAGUUGUCUUUGAAACUGUUUCAGAAGCAGGGAAGAGUAGAAUGUGAAAGGGCCUCCGGGCUGGAUGCAAACAAUUCCCCUUCCAGAGCCCCUGUUUGUGGAAUUUUUGUGGAUUUUGCAAGAGCCUCACACCGUCAAAGGAGUCGGACUCAGGCCUUUAAGCAAAAGACUCGCAGCACAAAACUGCUUCGGCUUAUUGACUUAGAUUUUUCAUACACUCUGUCUAUCCUGGAUCUACCACCAGUAAAUGAAUAUGACAUGUAUAUCAGAAACUUUGGGAAAAAAAAUACCAAGCAGGCAUAUGUUCAGUAUAAUGAAGAUAAUGUUGAAAGAGAUGUUCAGACUGAAGAGAUAGAGACAAGGGAAGUGUGGACCCAGCAUCCAGGAGAAGGCACGGCUGUGUUUGGGGGCAGUGAGAGUAUAGAUCUUUCUGAUGCUGCAGUUGUACCAAAGGUUGACACGCCAAGACUGUCCAGCUUUCUUCGGGCAGCUUGCCAGGUGAUUGCGGUUUUGCUCGAAGAGAAUCGAGUGGCCACUGAGCCCAGCUGGAACCCCAGGGCGCAGGACAACACCCUGCAUUUCAGUGAUAGUUCCUCUCAGUUGAACACUAGCCUGCCAUUCCUUCAGAAUCGAAAAGUGACCUGCCUGCAUGCCUCCCAGGUUCAGAGGCAGACAGUGGUGUCUGUUCACGGUCUGCCUGGAAAGGCCUUUGCCCCCAUGCUGGACAGCAGACAUGUGCUCUGUGUGUGGGAUAUCUGGCAGCCUUCAGGGCCUCAGAAGGUCCUGGUAUGUGAGUCGAAGGUCACGUGUUGCUGCUUUAGCCCUUUGAAAGCCUUUUUGCUGUUUGCUGGAACAAUGCACGGCUCAGUCGUUGUGUGGGAUCUGAGAGAAGACUCGAGGAUACAUCAGUACGUGAAGCUGAGUGAUUGCUUCUGGACGUUCAGAACACCAACAUUUUCCACCGAUGGUAUCCUUACGUCAGUAAACCACCGCAGUCCUCUUCAAGCAAUAGAACCGGUCUCAACGUCUGUCUACAGAAAACAGAGUUUUGUACUUUCACCCUUUUCUGCUCAGGAAGAAAUGUCGGGUUUGUCAUUCCACAUUGCUUCCUUGGAUGAGAGUGGGGUUCUCAACAUGUGGGUGGUUGUUGAAUUACCAAAGGCAGACAUUGCAGGUUCAAUGAGUGAUUUAGGUUUAAUACCUGGAGGGAGGAUAAAAUUAGUGCACAGCGCUGUGAUUCAGCUGAGUGACAGUCAGGGGCUGUCAGCAUGCGGUUUACCCUUGGAAAAAUUUUGGUGUCAGCUUGAUUCCUCGUCGUCAGACAGAAUACUUCUGGGUUGUAUUAAUGAAUUUGUACAUGCUUUGAGAUUAUAAAUCACCUUCAGUUGCUUUAAAUAUAAUUAUGGCAAGGAAUCAGUUAUGUUUAAACAAGUCAUCUAAUACAUUGCAGAGCAAAUCGCAGGUGAUUCCUAGGCUGGUCACAGACCCCCUGGUCCUUUGUGCACAUGGGUGAUUCCUGGGCGAGUGGCAGCCUCAUGUAGCUGAUGUCAAGUUUUUCCUCCAAAUUCCUACAUUGUCUUCUCUAGACUUAUGUAUAAUAAACGUCCAUUCAGACUUUAGUCAGCUGUGUUGAGAGUGUCCUCCAUGCCAGGCUUUGCAGCACUGUGGCAUGGCGUCCCUUCCCUCAGGGUCCCUGCAUGUCAGAGGAAUGGAGUUUAGUGGGAGGAUGUUUUUAAGGUGAUCCCUUGGGAUCAGCACCUGGGGAAGGGGGCGAGGCAGCAGACCUGGACUUCGAGGAGGAGGUGAGCUGUGAGCUGUGACACAGGCCCCAGGACAGCCGCCUGGCCGCAGGUGCUCUGAGCUGGAACAGCUUUCCAGAGGUGACCUUACCACGCCUUUAUGCCCUCUCUCCCAUCAGUCAUUGACCGUGGGCGUCCCUGGAGAGCAUGUGACUUGGAUGAAGCACCCCUGGCAGCUGGGGCAACAAGCCCUCAUUCACCGUGGUUAUGACAUGUGUGUGAGGUGCUCUGCUGGGGCAUGCACAUGGCGUCUGGGAGCUCAGAGGAGAGGAUGGGUUGAGGGAUAGAGUGAAAUGGUGACUUCUUGGAGAGGUGACAGCUAAGAUGGGAGCUAGACAAGGAGGGUCCUCCAGUCAGGGGAGCAGCGCACGGGAGGUCCAGAGGCAUGAAGACUCGUGACACAUUUAGGAAACUGCCAGUAGGUUUGCUGUUGAGAGAGACCAGAACGAGUCAGCGGCCAGACCCUAAAGAGUGUUUGCUGUGCUGGAUGGGUUAGACAAUUCUCCUGAAGGCAAGAGGGAGCCAUUACAGGAUUUUAAGGCAGGGAGUGGUGUGUCUUAUAUGUGGUUAGAAAGAUCAACUUGGCCACAGUGUAAGGUUGGAACAGUGGAAGGGAGACUGGAGUCAGGGAGACUGGUUGGGAGGCCGUUGUAGGGAUUGAUGUGGAAGAUGAGGGUGUGAGCCAAGGUGACCAGUGUGGAUUUAGAGGGUGAGUUUCAGUUAGAGGAUGGAAUUGGAAUAACCUGGAGACUGACUGGUUCUAGGAACAGUCAGAGGGAGGAGUCUGCCUCCAGUACUGGGUACCACGCACAAGAUGGGAAUAGGUGGGAAGGAGAGGGUUGUGAGGAGUGGGAGGGCCAAGAUCUGCUCAGCCUAGGGCGGGCAAGCUUGUGGUGCUCGUGGAGAUGACCAGGAGGCUGUUGGCUCCACAGCAGGGAUCUCAGCUGGAGGCUCAGAUGUGGGAGUCCUCUGCUGACGAGUGACGUUUGCAGUCCUGAACGUGGGUGUGAGAAGAGAGUGGCCAGGUUCCUGACUUCUGACUAGGGUAGUGUGGCAGAGGGAGCAGCCGUGGGCCCUCUCCUGCUACAAAUAAUACACUGUGUAAGGUAAAAAACCAACAAUAAAGCAAACAGAGUUUUUAAAAAGAAAGAGAGGGAAAUACUAGAACAAGGCUGGAACUGGAAGUCAGCGUGCAAGCUUUUGCAUGGUGUGGAGGCUGGGCUGUCGGGCUGUGCUGCUGUAGACCUCUGUG